AUGAUCCUGGAGUUUGCUGUAAUUAACGAGUUUGACACGAAUGAGGUGACAGUGACAGUGUCAGGAAUGCUGGACUUCAAUGGCACCACAUACUCAGACAAACAGAAUUUCUCUUUCACGCUGACGUCAAACCAGGUCAUCCAGUUUCAGAGUACAACAGAAUUAACUGGGACUCGGAUUGUAUCCUCAAAACCUGUGGCUGUGAUCAGUGGAAAUGUAUGUUUAAAUUACCAGGGUUAUACAGCCUGUGAUGUAGUGUUGACAGAGCUCUAUCCUGUGAAUAGCUGGGGAACUGCAUUUGUUGUUUUCCCCCUGCUGCUAAACAAAGAUCUCAAAGAUAGAAUCACCAUCCUCUCUGCUGAACCGAACAACACAGUGUACAUCACAACAGAAAAUACAACAACACAGAAUCUAGUCCUGCAAGAAGGAUCCUUCACUGUGCUGGAACUGACUGGACCCAUGAGCAUCAACUCCACUAAACCAGUGAUGCUGACAUACCUCUUCACAGGGGGAAGGAACUUCAACUUUUCAAGCUUCAAUAUAGCUGAUCCAUUCCUAUCAAACAUUGUCCCCAGUUCAUCUUACAGUGAUACAUAUACCUUUAUAACAAUAGCAAAUUAUGAGAAUUAUAUUAUGGUGGUUGCACACCAGUCAGAUCUCACUGGGUUCAGUUUAGAUGGCCAGCCACUGGAGACCUUUUCACCCGAAGAGACACAAGCUUUUGGAUUUUCUGCCAAACUAGUUUAUCUAGGAAUAGCUGGUGGUCACCAUGUUAUUACCCACGAAUCAGCAACUUGGAGUGCACCAAAUGGCAGUGCCAUUGGCUACAGAGUUGAAGCUAUAGGGAAUCCAUCCAAAAACCUAACUGUGAGCACAGCGUUCGCUGAAAUCACUGAACUGGUACCUGGUAGCAAAUACACACUGCGGGUCAUUGCUCUGGCUGCAGAUAAUGUUACGGAAGUGGAUGCAGUGACAAUCACAAGAUUUACAAAGCCUGAUAUCGUUGUCAAUUUGACUGCUGAAAACAUCACCACAACAUCCUUAGCCCUUAGUUGGAGUGCGCCAAAUGGCAAUGCCAUUGGCUACAGGGUUGAAGCAAUAGGCAAUCCAUCCAAAAAUCUCACCGUGAACACUUUAUUCACUGAAAUAACUGGACUGGUACCUGGUAGCAAUUACACACUGCAGAUUAUUGCUCUGGCUGCAGAUAAUGUUACAGAAGGGGAUGCAGUGACAAUUACAAUCUUUACAAAGCCUGAUAUCGCUCCCAAUUUGACUGCUAGUAACAUCACAACAACAUCCAUAGCCCUUAGUUGGAGUGCGCCAAAUGGCAAUGCCAUUGGCUACAGGGUUGAAGCAAUAGGCAAUCCAUCCAAAAAUCUCACCGUGAACACUUUAUUCACUGAAAUAACUGGACUGGUACCUGGUAGCAAUUAUACACUGCGGAUUAUUGCUCUGGCUGCAGAUAAUGUUACGGAAGGGGAAGCAGAGGCAAUCUCAAGAUUUACAAAGCCUGAUAUCGCUCCCAAUUUGACUGCUAGUAACAUCACAACAACAUCCAUAGCCCUUAGUUGGAGUGCGCCAAAUGGCAAUGCCAUUGGCUACAGGGUUGAAGCAAUAGGCAAUCCAUCCAAAAAUCUCACCGUGAACACUUUAUUCACUGAAAUAACUGGACUGGUACCUGGUAGCAAUUACACACUGCAGAUUAUUGCUCUGGCUGCAGAUAAUGUUACAGAAGGGGAUGCAGUGACAAUUACAAUCUUUACAAAGCCUGAUAUCGCUCCCAAUUUGACUGCUAGUAACAUCACAACAACAUCCAUAGCCCUUAGUUGGAGUGCGCCAAAUGGCAAUGCCAUUGGCUACAGGGUUGAAGCAAUAGGCAAUCCAUCCAAAAAUCUCACCGUGAACACUUUAUUCACUGAAAUAACUGGACUGGUACCUGGUAGCAAUUAUACACUGCGGAUUAUUGCUCUGGCUGCAGAUAAUGUUACGGAAGGGGAAGCAGAGGCAAUCUCAAGAUUUACAAAGCCUGAUAUCGCUCCCAAUUUGACUGCUAGUAACAUCACAACAACAUCCAUAGCUCUUAGUUGGAGUGCGCCAAAUGGCAAUGCCAUUGGCUACAGGGUUGAAGCAAUAGGCAAUCCAUCCAAAAAUCUCACCGUGAACACUUUAUUCACUGAAAUAACUGGACUGGUACCUGGUAGCAAUUAUACACUGCGGAUUAUUGCUCUGGCUGCAGAUAAUGUUACGGAAGGGGAAGCAGAGGCAAUCUCAAGAUUUACAAAGCCUGAUAUCGCUGUCAAUCUCACUGCUGAAAACAUCACCACAACAUCCAUAGCCCUUAGUUGGAGUGCGCCAAAUGGCAAUGCCAUUGGCUACAUAGUUGAAGCAAUAGGCAAUCCAUCCAAUAAUCUCACCGUGAACACUUUAUUCACUGAAAUAACUGGACUGGUACCUGGUAGCAAUUACACACUGAGGAUUAUUGCUCUUGCUGCAGAUAAUGUUACAGAAGGGGAUGCAGUGACAAUUACUAUCUUUACAAAGCCUGAUAUCACUCCCAAUUUGACUGCUAGUAACAUCACAACAACAUCCAUAGCCCUUAGUUGGAGUGCGCCAAAUGGCAAUGCCAUUGGCUACAGGGUUGAAGCAAUAGGCAAUCCAUCCAAAAAUCUCACCGUGAACACUUUAUUCACUGAAAUAACUGGACUGGUACCUGGUAGCAAUUAUACACUGCGGAUUAUUGCUCUGGCUGCAGAUAAUGUUACGGAAGGGGAAGCAGAGGCAAUCUCAAGAUUUACAAAGCCUGAUAUCGCUGUCAAUCUGACUGCUGAAAACAUCACCACAACAUCCAUAGCCCUUAGUUGGAGUGCGCCAAAUGGCAAUGCCAUUGGCUACAGGGUUGAAGCAAUAGGCAAUCCAUCCAAAAAUCUCACCGUGAACACUUUAUUCACUGAAAUAACUGGACUGGUACCUGGUAGCAAUUACACACUGCAGAUUAUUGCUCUGGCUGCAGAUAAUGUUACAGAAGGGGAUGCAGUGACAAUUACAAUCUUUACAAAGCCUGAUAUCGCUCCCAAUUUGACUGCUAGUAACAUCACAACAACAUCCAUAGCCCUUAGUUGGAGUGCGCCAAAUGGCAAUGCCAUUGGCUACAGGGUUGAAGCAAUAGGCAAUCCAUCCAAAAAUCUCACCGUGAACACUUUAUUCACUGAAAUAACUGGACUGGUACCUGGUAGCAAUUACACACUGAGGAUUAUUGCUCUUGCUGCAGAUAAUGUUACGGAAGGGGAUGCAGUGACAAUCUCAAGAUUUACAAAGCCUGAUAUCGUUGUCAAUUUGACUGCUGAAAACAUCACCACAACAUCCAUUGCCCUUAGUUGGAGUGCGCCAAAUGGCAAUGCCAUUGGCUACAGGGUUGAAGCAAUAGGCAAUCCAUCCAAAAAUCUCACCGUGAACACUUUAUUCACUGAAAUAACUGGACUGGUACCUGGUAGCAAUUACACACUGCGGAUUAUUGCUCUUGCUGCAGAUAAUGUUACGGAAGGGGAUGCAGUGACAAUCUCAAGAUUUACAAAGCCUGAUAUCGCUGUCAAUCUGACUGCUGAAAACAUCACCACAACAUCCAUAGCCCUUAGUUGGAGUGCGCCAAAUGGCAAUGCCAUUGGCUACAGGGUUGAAGCAAUAGGCAAUCCAUCCAAAAAUCUCACCGUGAACACUUUAUUCACUGAAAUAACUGGACUGGUACCUGGUAGCAAUUACACACUGCAGAUUAUUGCUCUGGCUGCAGAUAAUGUUACAGAAGGGGAUGCAGUGACAAUUACAAUCUUUACAAAGCCUGAUAUCGCUCCCAAUUUGACUGCUAGUAACAUCACAACAACAUCCAUAGCCCUUAGUUGGAGUGCGCCAAAUGGCAAUGCCAUUGGCUACAGGGUUGAAGCAAUAGGCAAUCCAUCCAAAAAUCUCACCGUGAACACUUUAUUCACUGAAAUAACUGGACUGGUACCUGGUAGCAAUUAUACACUGCGGAUUAUUGCUCUGGCUGCAGAUAAUGUUACGGAAGGGGAAGCAGAGGCAAUCUCAAGAUUUACAAAGCCUGAUAUCGUUGUCAAUCUCACUGCUGAAAACAUCACCACAACAUCCAUAGCCCUUAGUUGGAGUGCGCCAAAUGGCAAUGCCAUUGGCUACAGGGUUGAAGCAAUAGGCAAUCCAUCCAAUAAUCUCACCGUGAACACUUUAUUCACUGAAAUAACUGGACUGGUACCUGGUAGCAAUUACACACUGAGGAUUAUUGCUCUUGCUGCAGAUAAUGUUACGGAAGGGGAUGCAGUGACAAUCUCAAGAUUUACAAAGCCUGAUAUCGCUGUCAAUCUGACUGCUGAAAACAUCACCACAACAUCCAUAGCCCUUAGUUGGAGUGCGCCAAAUGGCAAUGCCAUUGGCUACAGGGUUGAAGCAAUAGGCAAUCCAUCCAAAAAUCUCACCGUGAACACUUUAUUCACUGAAAUAACUGGACUGGUACCUGGUAGCAAUUACACACUGCAGAUUAUUGCUCUGGCUGCAGAUAAUGUUACAGAAGGGGAUGCAGUGACAAUUACAAUCUUUACAAAGCCUGAUAUCGCUCCCAAUUUGACUGCUAGUAACAUCACAACAACAUCCAUAGCCCUUAGUUGGAGUGCGCCAAAUGGCAAUGCCAUUGGCUACAGGGUUGAAGCAAUAGGCAAUCCAUCCAAAAAUCUCACCGUGAACACUUUAUUCACUGAAAUAACUGGACUGGUACCUGGUAGCAAUUACACACUGAGGAUUAUUGCUCUUGCUGCAGAUAAUGUUACGGAAGGGGAUGCAGUGACAAUCUCAAGAUUUACAACAAUUACACACUGCGGAUUAUUGCUCUUGCUGCAGAUAAUGUUACGGAAGGGGAUGCAGUGA